AUCCAGAGACACCACCAUCCAGAGACACCACCAUCCAGAGACACUAUCCAGACACCACCAUCCAGACACCAGCAAUCCACCCCAGCCAUGUGCACCAGAGUCCCGAUCUUCUACUACUACACCGUCGACGGCACCAACACCGCACACAAGGAGUACGACUACCGUCCCGCAUACGAUGUCGUCGAGCGGCCGGACUCGUACGAGAUCUUUGUUGAUCUCCCUGGUGUCAAGAAGGGAAGCAUCUCCCUGAGCACCGAGAAGGACCUCCUUGUUCUCCAAGGCGAGCGGACCCGCAUUCCAACCGAGUCGGCCGUGCCAACAACCCCCUCGACCGACACCAACUCGGGCGAGCCGGCAGCCACUUCAACCGCCAGUGCCGCACACGAGGAGUUUGUGCAUGUCCACGACGAUCCCGCCGAUGCCACCGAUACCAUCCAUGCCACCGAUGCCACCGGUGCCAGCACAUCCAGAGCCACACAGCCCGCCGAGCGCAAGUCUGUGUUCCUGAUCUCAAAGCGAUCCUUUGGCAAGUUCCAGCUCAAGCUGCGGUUCAACCAAGACGCCAACUUUGAGACGGCCGUCGCCAGCCUGGACGAGGCCGGAGUGCUCAAGAUUGCCAUCCAGAAGCGGGCCGAGGCCGUCAGCCGCCCGAUCCCGAUCCGCUGAGGAGCACCCAGCGGUCCGCUGAGACUCAGCAAUUCGACAAUGCCGCGGUCGCUGACGAUGGCCCGGCCGUCCGCCCGACUGGCAAUUUCGCGUGGGCUGGUUUGGGACAUGAUUGUCUGACUGAGUCCGUUCCAGAUGCGAUCAUUUCGGAUUCGGAUGCGAUCAUUUCGGCUUCGGAUGCGAUCAUUUCGGCCCAGAUGCGAUCAUUCCAGUUUGUCUCCAAUGUUCUGCAUCGCAUUACACUGUCAUCUUGACAGAACACCUUCAUGCAGCCUCCUUCUCACCGACACUGGCCAGACAGCCAGACUUGAUGUACAUGCCGCUGGAUAUGUAUCCAGAAUAAACAGAAUCGAUCUUGCA